AGUCGUACGGUGAAGCUAGAAAAUUCUGAGAAAUCACAAUGUUCAGGUUUGUGCUGCUCGCGAUCUUCCUGGGCUACGCCUACAGCUGCGGUGUCCCCGCUUACCAGCCCAACCUAUCCAGGGUGGUCAACGGGGAAGAUGUGAGACCAAACAGUUGGCCAUGGCAGAUCUCACUCCAGUAUCAAGGCACCAGCGGCUGGGGCCACACCUGUGGAGGAACCCUCAUUGCUGAUAACUGGGUGCUAACUGCCGCUCACUGCAUCAGCUCCACCAGAACAUAUAGAGUUUACCUGGGAAAACACAACCUGAAGAAUGAGGAGGAGGGCUCCAUCGCUAUUUCACCCGAAAAAAUCAUUGUGCACGAGAACUGGAAUUCUUUCCUCAUUAUCAAUGACAUCGCCCUGAUUAAGCUUUCACAGCCAGUGGAAGUGAGCGACAAAAUCCAGCCAGCCUGCCUGCCCGCCGAGGGAGCCAUCUUGGCAAAUGACUUCCCCUGCUACGUUACUGGAUGGGGACGCCUGUACACCAAUGGACCAAUCGCUGAUAACCUGCAGCAAGCCCUUCUGCCUGUGGUUGACCAUGCUACCUGCACUCAGCGUGACUGGUGGGGAUCCCAGGUCAAGACAACCAUGGUCUGUGCUGGAGGUGACGGUGUUGUCUCCGGCUGCAACGGAGAUUCCGGCGGUCCUCUGAACUGCCAGGCAGCCAGUGGAAGCUGGGAAGUCCACGGUAUUGUGAGUUUCGGCUCCGGUAUCAGCUGUAACUACAUCAAGAAACCCACCGUUUUCACCCGUGUGUCCGCUUACAAUAGCUGGAUUAGCCAGAAAAUCGCCAGCAACUAAAUACGAUUCGGAAGAUGUGAUUCCCGUUGCCCUGUCUCCACGACAGGACGUGGAAGACAUGCGUUCUUUAUAUCAUCUGUAACAUCCUGAACAAAUUAAAUAUGUUUUUAUUUCAAUAAAACAAGUCGUCAAUGAAA